AGUCCCGUCCCAGAUCCGGAUUAGCGCUGAACUGGGAGAUUAUAAAUCUCCGGAGUGGAAGUCCGAGGCGGAGCAUGACAUUCCACAACCAGCUUUGAUGUGUUUGGGGUCACUGUCCUGGUGGACAUCCAGUUGUGUCCAUGUUUCAACCAUCUAGUUGAUGGUUUGGGGCUAUGCUGAAGAAUUCUGAGGUGUAGAUGCCCUGGAUUGAGCAACAAAAGUGAGGGAGUGUGAAAGAGAGAGUGGAAAAGACCAAAAAGGGACCUUUAUAUUGUUUUAGCACCUCUUGUUUGGUGAAAGCAGAUAAAAAUUCUUCAGCUGUGUGCCCGCCCUGAAGCUCUUCCUGUGUUGAGGGGUGUGGUGCAGAGUGGUGUGUGUGUGUGUGUGUGUGUGUGUGGGUAGUCUCUGGAGAGGCCCAUCAGUCUGAGUCCUCCCUCUGUCCACUGUUGCACCAUGACUACUGCAGUCCAGCCCAAUGAUCUCGUCUUCGAGUUUGCCAGCAAUGGCAUGGAUGAAAUCAACCAGCUGGAUGACCCAUCUGUGUUUCCAGCGGUGAUUGUGGAGCAGGUGCCUGCUGCUGACCUCAUGCAGGUGUAUUCAGGGCUGGAGGCUGAUGAGGUCACCAAUGGCAUCAUAGUGGACACCAUGCAGGACGCAGUGGAGGAGAACAUUAUGGUGGGAGAUGUCGGGCUGUCUGUAGAGACUCCAGUCUCUGGAGGAGAAGAUAAUGUAGAAACCAUUGAGGCAGCUGAGGCUUUGCUAAAUAUGGAGUCUCCAAACAACAUCCUGGAUGAGAAACGCAUGAUUCACACAUAUGGAGCUCUGCUGGAACCAGACCUGACCUACAUAUCUUUGCGGCCAGAGCAACUUUCUGCUGACUGCAUGGAUGUCUCUUUGGAUGAAGAAACAUCAUCUAUGGAUGAAAUUCCUCAAAAGAGUCCAUCCAAACCACCUAGGAAAAAUAAAGUGCGCAAACCUAGGAUGGUACGCCCUUGUUCCCCCAUCACCAAUCCCUCUUUCCCACUGAAGAAAAAGAGUAAAGAAGGAAAAGGUAACACAAUUUACCUGUGGGAGUUUUUGCUGGCUUUGCUGCAAGAUAAAAACACCUGUCCCAAGUACAUCAAGUGGACACAGAGAGAGAAGGGUAUCUUUAAGCUAGUGGACUCCAAGGCUGUGUCCAAGCUGUGGGGAAAGCACAAGAACAAGCCUGAUAUGAACUAUGAGACCAUGGGAAGGGCUCUCAGGUAUUACUACCAGAGGGGAAUUUUGGCCAAAGUUGAAGGUCAGAGGCUUGUGUACCAGUUUAAGGAGAUGCCCACAGACCUGGUGAUCAUUGAUGAAGAUGAUGGGCAGUGUGGAGGCUCCAGCCCUGGUUUUGGUGGCCAGCGCUCCAACUGCCACAAUCGUGUCACAAGCCGCGGAGCAUUGCGUGCCCAGGGCAAAGAGUCAGGCCACACACAAAACAAGACAGUGAAGAAGGAGCCAGGUGCCAGUGUGCUCUACGAGAAUGGCAAAUGCAAACAAAGUGACCAGCUACUACAGACUGUACAUGUGCUGCAGCCAAACCAGGGAGCUGCUGUUCCUGCUCCUACACACACACUGAGAGCCAUGAACAUGGCUGCCACUGUUCCCAUGGUCCUUACAUCCGGAUCACAAGGAGGAGCACCAGUCACACUGCAAACGGUGCCCCUAUCCUCUGUACUAGCCAAUAGUGACUCUCUGAAUGGUCUGACCCGUGUGGUUACACUCAAUGCCAAUGGGCAGCCUGUGGUAGCGCAGCAGCCUGGUACUGUCAUUGCCACUGUGCUGAAGCCUGGAGAGCUUCAGAACCUGCAGGUAAAAGAGGAGAUCCUGGAGCCACAGUUCCUGCAGUCACUGGUCAAUGGCAAUCCAUUCUGCAAGGAGGAGACAGAUGGAGGUUCAUCUGAGCUUGGCCAUAGGACGGUAAUUGUUGGUGUUGCUAGCCAGGGCAUGUGCCAGCUUACGAACGGAUACUCAGAGGCAGGGGUGGAGCUGGCAAGCAGCCCCAGUGAAGCUCUAACCCCAGUGGAAGAGCUGGAGGUGAAGAGUGAAAUUGCCAGAGCCAAAGAUUUGCUAGAAUGUCCGCAAGUGCCUGUUGCUAUGGAAAUAGCCACUUCCCAGUUCAUCCAGGUGAAAACAGAGCUCUCUGAGACCUAAAAAAAUUUACCAAUGUCAGGGGACCACAAACUGUGUUAAAAUAAUUCAGUGAAAGGCACCUGAGGACCAUUGUUUACUCACAACAUUGUGAUAAUGUGACUAAAUUUGAAUAUUAAGGGAUAGUUUGAUAAAGCUCUUUCAACUGGCUCUGUGGCAUCACCUUCAAUUCAAUAUGCCAUCUUGUAAUCAGAGGCCAGCCAUUUUUUGUACCAGGGAUUGUUCUACCAAGUGCCAGUUUCUUCAAUUAUGUUUCAUCUCCUUGGACUUGGUAAUUUUCAUUAUAGUCCCCCUAAAACAGAGCCAAACAGCACAUUGAAAUGUUGACAGACAGCUGCUAUGGAACAAAAAGAAUGCAAUAGAUAUUUGGUUCAAUAAUAUUUUCACUGAAGAGGGGUGAAGUGUUUGAUUGUGUUUUACUGAUAUCCAGACUGAAAGAGUGUCUUCUGUAAUUGGCAAAAAUUAUUCAACUUAUUUUUAUUUUUUUAUAGUUUAGAUUAGGUGCAAAAAAUAUGCCAAUGAAAAAAUUUGUUGUUGAGUAGUAGACUUUACAUAUAAAACCACAUGGCUAAGACCAGGUUAUUUUCAAAUCAUAUUGCAAAGAUUCUUUAAGGAUUUGUUGUGUUACAAUAGAAAUGAGCAUUCCCUGUGAUAAGAAAAAUUUUAAUUAGAUGCAUUUAUAUAUUUACUGAAUACCAAGAGAGUACAAUGACAAAUUCCCUAGUCAUCUGCUUCAGAAGCAGAAUAUUUCUCCAUUAUUCCUCAAUCAAGGUUUAUAUAAAUCAAAUGCCAUGUAAGACAGAAUAUACAGUAUAUAUAAGAUAUACAUUUGAGAUUCGGUUUAUGGCAACACAUUUAUUUAUUUUGUGAAUUUCUAAAUUGUGUAUAAAAGAUGUAAUUUUUUAAUUGUAAUAAAUAUUGGAAACAAGCAGUGUAUGUGUG